AUGGCCAACUCAUUAAAUGAUCCUUCGAAGACGCAAUUGCCGAAGGGCAAUGCAACCGGCACUCGGGAUUUAACUAACGGCAAUGUCCCUCCGUCGCGCAGCAGCAUGCUCAAAGAUCCUGGAGAUAAGCGACGUGAGGUUAAACAAGGAAAGCCUGAGGUCGAGGAUACAACGGAUAAGAGCCAUGGCCUUACAGCAGCAGUUGUUCAGACGACUAUCCCAGUGUGGCUGAAUAUUGGCAUCAUGGUGUCCUUGAUAUUUGGCGGGUGCUGUUCUAAUGUAUUUGCUCUAGAAGCUAUCGUCAAAGACUACCCAGAAUCUGGUAAAGCCAGGUUGCUGAUAACAUUUACUCAAUUCGCUUUCGCUGCGUUCUUCACCCUUCCCAAUGUCUUCUCAUUCUCCGCCGGGCCCCGAUCAUUCUUCCUUGCGCCUCGGGAAGUCCCUCUAAGAUCUUGGGUGAUAUAUACCGCUUACUUCCUCUCUGUAAACGUCAUCAACAACUUCGUCUUCUCAUUCAGGAUCUCAGUCCCGCUUCAUAUCAUCUUCCGAAGCGGCGGCCCCGUGGCGUCGAUGAUAAUCGGCCACUUAUAUAAUUCUAAGACGUACACAAGAACUCAGAUCCUGGCAGUAGUAUUGCUUACAGCUGGGGUGUGCCAAGGGCAAAUCUCUAGAUAUCGCGCUCAGUACGGGGAAGGAUGA